CGCUAGUUCACUAUUGGUGCUCUAGGUUAUUUGGGGUGUGUAGAAAAGCAAUCCACGAGGAGAUCUUUCAGAGCUCGCUCACUAUUUUGGUUUUGUGCAAACCUUACGAGCGGGACUAGAAUUGGCUCAACCGCCGAGGCGGGGCUGGGCAGCUUCUUCUAUGGAACGACCACCCCAGUGGAUUCCACCGCCACAUGACUAUAUGAAGUUCAAUGUUGAUGAUGCGAAGGUGCAGGUCAAAGGAGCAGUGGCUAUCAUCUCUCAAAAUAAGGAUGGAGUCUUCCAGGGCUGUUGGUGGGGGUUCACAGGGACCCUCAUAAUCCACCUAUACGUCAUUGCUCCUGUACCGAAGAGUUACGCGCAAUUCUUAACUUCUGCUGCCCAGGAAUAUUCAGUUCUGUGAAGGACUUUCAUGAAAACUAUUUAGCUCCUCUUGUCGAAGGAAACUACAAGGGGUCUUCUUCAGAGCAGCUGAAUGAGUCUUUCAAGGCUUCGCAGAAACUGCAAGGUCUGCUCAGUCCUUGCUUCUUGAGAAGAUUGAAAAAUGUGCUAUCAUCUACAGAUACGCCUGAGAAAAAAAGAUUAAAUUUACCUGAAAAGGUUGAGUUUGUCGUUUGGCUUAGAUUGUCGCCUUAUCAGGAGAAGUUAUACAGAGAGCUUCUGAGUGGUGGUAUUGUUCGAAAAAACAACCCAGGAGAAAUGAUAGUAGCUUCAACGCUAAUGCAAAAAAUUUGCAACCAUCCUACUAAAUUGGACAAGAUAAGUCAAGAAGACCUAGAUGGUACGCAGAGAUUUGUUCUAAAAUGCAUGGUAAAAAAAUUAAGAAGCAGAACAUCUACAGAUGAUAGACAUUUUUCUGAAGAACAUCACUCUUCAAAACUUGAUAUCAUAGUGAGGUUGCUGGAAAGGUUUAAUGAGCAAAAGCUUCGAGUGUUGAUAUUCUCUCGAACUUGCAAAAUGCUGGAUGCCAUUGAGGAAGUGAUAGUUAAAAAGGGAUAUGUACAUGAUCGAAUAGAUGGAAGUUUGAGUGACAAACAACGAGCUAAGAGGAUCGAGGCGUUCAAAAAAGCUGACGGAGCGCCUAUUUUCUUAAUUUCCUCCUUCUCCGGUGGUACUGGAUUAGAUCUUCAUAUUGCUUCAAGAGCAAUCAUUGUGGAGCCAUUCUGGAAUCCAUGUGUUGAUGACCAAAGUGCCGAUCGCAUUUAUCGUGUGGGGCAGAAGAAAAAGUGCAUUAUCUAUAGACUAAUUAGCUCGGAAACUAUUGAAGAGAUUGUGUAUAAAGCACAGGUUUUCAAACUAGGCAUUUUUAAGUCUGCCACUGAGAAUAAGGACUUUCAAAGAUAUAUUACCGAAAAGAGGAAUGAGCUUCUGAAAACACCUCCAAAUGGGUAUGGAAGUUCAAGAACUCUACAAGAGUUAGAGAAGGAACCCACCCAAACCUUGUCUGAGGAGAUGAGCAACGAACUAAAUUUCCUCAAGAACAGAGAUAUUGUGGGUGUGUCCAUUCACGGUGCAUUGUUUCAAGGAGCGCCAAGUAGAAAGCCUAUUAAGAGCGAUGAUUCAGGCGGCUCAAUUGAAACAAACUGGCACUUGGAUGAGAAAGAAAACUUAAGAAUGGCACGACAAAAUAAAAUUGCAUUUCAUGAAGCUGAAAUUAGAAACUAUAAAAGUUUGUUAGCCCAGAUUAGCAAGGGAGGAAGGCUACUUCCUGAUGGGGGAGCAAAGCUUGUUCAGACCAUUGCACGUAAUACGGAUGCUCUUUCUAAGCUGCGUGCAGAUACAGACCCAAAAGAUGACACGUAAUUCUUUGUUAUCAGCAGGCUGACCUGAAAGAUUGUAAAAGAUGGUUGUGCAAAACAGAAAGAAAUCAGAGUCACCAUGCUUUGGUGUUGAUUCCAAGGAACAGAUUUAUGUUAUUUUGUUAUGAGAACAGUUUGUAGCUUUCUGUAACAUCUGUAUGAAUCAUUUUCUUUCCGGUAAUUUGGUUAACAUAUUACCAUUGAGCUAGAUAAUUUUAGUUACUUGAAAUGUUAGUAAACACAGCUUUUGAUGAAAUAGUCACUUGUUUGAAGUCAUGAAAAAGAAAAAUGAGAGAAUAAAUAUUU